AUGAACCCCCAUUUACAGUUUAUGUGUGGCCCGCUGCUGCGGUAUGACACGGUAGAUGAGCGCGGCGUCUGGCUGGGCGCUGCUCUCAUUGUUACCGCUGACGCUGGUUCAAUUUAUGAACCACAUCCCAUGUUCACUUUUCAAUGGGAUCCGGAUCGCCCGGCGGUGUCCAAAAGAACGCACAACGGGACAAGCAAUGGCCCUCAUGCUCAAAAGAGAUCUGUGCCGGGCCAGGAGAUUUAUGUCUACGUUGGGAAUGGAGGAACCUACACAUUUUGGAGAUUUCUCAUAGAAAUCCCCUUGGAUGAGCACGAGAUGAGGAUUCGCUAUCACGUCAACCAUGGUCAGGAGUUUGACUUCUAUGUCCCGGGGCGUAAUCAGAAUAUGCGUUUGGCAGCUUACUCAUGCAAUGGUUUCAGCGCUGGUGUCAAUGCUGACGACUUUCGCGGGCCGGGGUUCCAAAGUGGCUACGAUCCGGUAUGGGUAGACCUUCUUUCAAAGCAUAAGGAGCGCCCGUUUCAUGCCCUUGUCGGCGGAGGAGAUCAGCUGUAUUGUGACGGUUUGACUCGCGAACCGGAGCUGCAGGAUUGGGUGAAUCAUCCGAAGCCUGACGAAAAGAAGAAGUAUCCUCUUACACAAGAAAUCUUGUCGGCGAUUGAUCGUUUUUACUUCAACCAUUAUUGCCAUGUGUUCCGCAGCGGGGCAUUCGCAAGGGCCAACAGUUCAAUGUACGUAUUUCACGAGAGUAUUGAUGGGUUUGGAAGUUAUCCUGAUGACUUGCAGAGAGCCCCGGUUUUCAAUACAAUUGGCGCGCGAGGCUAUUUUUUCUUCCUGCUUUUCCAGUGUUUCAUCAAUGUUGAUGUUGAUGGCCUGGACGACCGACCGGGGGCCCAUUACAGCAGGUCUCUCAUCAUAGGCGGUCAAGGAUCGUAUGUUCCCUUCCCGUCUCACACGUUCCUUUCGUACAUCGGACCUACGGCGUGGAUGUUGAUGCUGGAUUGCCGGGCAGAGAGAAAAUUAGACCAAGUGUGCAGUCCAACUGAAUACCAAAAGGUAUUUCAAAGAUUGAACGCAAUACCCCCCGGCGUAGAACAUUUGAUUGUGCAGCUUGGUAUCCCGAUCGCAUAUCCUCGCAUGGUCUUCCUUGAGACGAUGCUAGGGUCAAAGCUGAAUCCUCUGGUCUCGCUGGGCAAAAGCGGAUCGCUGGGUCUGAAAGGAUUCGUGAACAAGUUCAACGCGGAUGCGGAAUUACUGGACGAUCUGAAUGAUCAUUGGACGUCCAGACACCACAAGUCUGAGCGUAACUGGUUCAUCGAGCAGCUGCAGCAGUUUGCCCAGCACCGGCGCAUUCGUAUCAGCUUCCUCUCGGGCGACGUGCACUGUGCUGCAGUCGGAGUUCUCAAGACACUCAAGAAGAAGAAGACACCUGACGUCCAACCCGCUGCUGAUCACCGAUACAUGAUCAAUGUUGUCACCAGCGCCAUCGUGAACACACCGCCGCCUGGCGGGGUUCUCACCAUGGUGAACGCGCUCUCGACCAAGACGCACCGGACCAUGCAUUACGCGGAUACCGAUGAGACGAUGCUGCCGCUGUUCGACAAGGAGCCGGAUGGGUCGAACUCAAAGUCGAAGUACGUCAUGGGUCGACGGAACUGGUGCAGCAUCGUGCGCGACGCGACCAACGGCGACCUGAUCUUUGACAUCCGCAUCGAGAAGCAGAAGGGCAUCGGCGAGACUGUCGGUUACAGCACACGGGCGCCGGCUCCGCGGUGGACGCCACGGUAAACUAGUGCAUGAUUCUAAUCAGCCCCUAUCUUUUUACUUCCUUCUUAUAUGGAUCUUCCUCUCGUUUUUCUCUGCUGUCCAAAACGCAUGCAUUCCUACCGUCAUUGACUGCACUCACUUUCGUCGUCUUUGCACGGUUAGCUAGCCUAUUUAUCGACUCUCCUCCCAUUUUUUCCCCUGAUUUCAUACCGUUCUCUGCACACUGUAGCGAUCUCGAAACCUAUACCUCUCGUUAUUAUUCCCCUCUCGCUCGCCUUAUUAUGACUGACUAAUGUGACGUGCCCGUGCCUGACAAUCU